UUCCCGCUCCUCGAGUUCUUGUCCGUCAAAGAGGUGAGACAUGACUACCAACUGAUCCACUCAGUGGUGGUAAACACGACAGCGGCGGUCAAUGCCUUGCCACCAAUGGGGCUGUCAUUGAAAGCCACGUGUCGUACGCUUUUCAAUGUGUCUGAGAUUGUCACUGAAUUUGAUCCAAUUAUAUACGAGGAGAAUGAGAUCUUGGAGGGCAAACUGGAGCUGUUGUCCAACACAAAUAUGGUGGACUUCGCGCUCGACGUGUAUAAGCGGCUCCACGAGGACGUCGAGCCCCCGCAGCACUUGUUUGACAAGCGCCAGGACGUGGUGUCGCAGAUGAAGCACUUGCAGGUCCAGACGGGACCCAUGCUUGAGAUACUUCUCAAGGAUGAGGUGCAGUCCGAGAUCGAAAAGUCGCGCGACUCGAGACUACUGUACGAACUCUUGCAGACCAAACACGACGGGAGGGAACUGUUGAUUGAGAUGUUUCUGGAGAAGAAGGGAAAUUAUCUCAAACAACAGCCGUAUCUGAACGCCAUUCAGACGAUGUGUCCGCAUAUACUGCGAUACCUGACCACAGCUGUCAUUACGCAUCGCCAGCGGCGGCAGUAUAUGAAGGAUUUGGUGCGAGUGAUACAACAGGAGAGCUACACCUACAGGGAUCCGAUCACCGAAUUCGUGGAGUGUCUGUACGUGAACUUCGACUUCGAUGGCGCCCAGAAGAAGCUGCGCGAGUGUGAGAUCGUGUUGGACAACGACUUCUUUCUGGUCGCCUGUUUGGACGACUUCAUCGAAAACGCGAGACUUUUUAUAUUCGAGACCUUCUGUCAGAUUCACGAAUGCAUUUCCAUUAAUAUGUUAGCCGACAAACUGAAUAUGUCUGGUGAGGACGCCGAGCGAUGGAUCGUUAAUCUGAUCCGAAACGCACAGUUGGACGCGAAGAUUGACUCCAAGUUCGGACACGUAGUGAUGGGAACGCAAGCCGUGUCUCAGUAUCAACAGCUCAUCGAGAAGACCAAAUCCAUGGCUAUUAGGACUCAAGUGUUGGUUAUGAAUAUCGAGAAGAAGAUCGCCAGCAGUUAAGCGGUUCCGACGACAGCCAACACAUUCAACCGACACUUGUUUUUGUAGUUUUUUGCUGUAAUUUAUCGAAAGUGUAUUUAAGUUAAGGAUUUAUUUUGUGGUUAUAUUUCAUGGAAAUUAAGGCAAAAAUAAAGACAUUUUUAAAUGAA